AUGGCCGCCCUGUUCCGCGUCAAGGCGCUGUACGAGUACUCGUCGCCGCACGAGGACGACCUCAACUUCCCCGCCGGCCAGGUCAUUGCCGUCACGGACGAGGAUGACGCCGACUGGUACGGCGGCGAGUACGUCGACGACGCCGGCGUCAAGAGGGAGGGCAUUUUCCCCCGCAACUUUGUCGAGAAGUUCGAGCCCGUGGCGCCCCCGCGACCCGUGAGGAAGCAGAAGCAGGAGACGGACGCCGCCGCUGCUCCCGCUGCACCCCCUCCGGAGGCUCCCGCCGAGGAUGCGGCCGCGCGAUCGACACCGCCGCCCGUUGACGUGGCCUCAGAGCUCUCGCCGAAGCGAGGCGCCGAGCCCGUCAAGCAUACCCAGCCGGCAGAGCCUCCUGCUCCCGCUCCCGUUCCCGCUCCGCCCGUGCCCGUGCCCGCGCCUGCUGCCGCCUCUGCUGCCGCACCCCCGCCAGCAGCAGCUCCUGCGCCAGCUCCGGUGAAUCUGCCAACCUCGCCCAAGCCCGCUGACGCUGCUCCAGCUGCCGGCGCAUCGAAACCCAAGGUCGCCCCUCCGCCGGUGUCCGAGAAGCCCAGCUCCUUUAAAGACCGCAUUGCAGCGUUCAACAAGUCAGCCGCGCCUCCCAUUGCGCCCUUCAAGCCCAGCGGCCUCAGCGGCGCUGGCUCCUCGGGCUUUAUCAAGAAGCCAUUCGUGGCACCGCCCCCGAGCCGAAAUGCAUUCGUCCCUCCUCCUCGCGAGGCCCCCGCCGCCAGAGUCUACCGACGAGAAGAAGACCCCGAGAUCAAGGAGCAGGUGGCCGAGACCCAGGGACAAGCUGAAAAGGCCGGCUUGAUUGCGCCCGAGGCCCAGAAAGAGGACGAAGAAGACCAGCCCAAGCCCACUAGCCUCAAGGAGCGCAUUGCUCUCCUCCAGAAGCAGCAGAUGGAGCAGGCACAACGCCAUGCUGAUGCACUGUCCAAGAAGGAGAAGCCGAAGAAGCCGCCGCCACCUAAGAAGCGCGUAGACUCGCAAGCUUCUGCUGCUCCCGAAGCUGCGGAAGGACCCGAAGCGCCCGAACGGAAAGACACUGAUGAAGCUGCUCCGAGGGUCUCACUGGAAGCCGCUCCUUCUGAGGCGGCUCCCCUACCACCCCGAGCCCAACCCGAAUCUGGUGCCACGGAGUCUACUGCAGAGGAGGCUGCUAAUGGUGCAGCUGCCGAAGCGGAUGCUGAUGAUAACGUUCCGCGACGACUUUCUUCUGCGGCCCCUGCUGCCCCUGCCGCUGAUCCAGAACAGCCAGCUACGGAGGAAACAGUGGAGGAAGAGCAGGAGGAGGAGGAAGAGGAAGAGGAGGAAGAAAUUGACCCCGAAGUUCGGCGCAGAGAGGAGCUUCGGGCACGCAUGGCCAAGAUGAGCGGCGGUAUGGGUUUCCACGGCAUGUUUGGUGCACCAGCGCCGCCGAUGGGAGGCGGCCUGCCGAAGAAGAAGGCACCCAAGCCGCCCACAAAGUCUGCCGUCACGCGGGAAGAGGAUGUCACUCCACCACCGCGCGCUCCUCCUGUUCCCACCAUGAUGGCACUUCCGGGCAUGGGUCUUCCAGUUAAGCCCGCCGAAGAGACACAUGCUAACACUGUUACCACCGCAGAACACAGAGCACCACCGCCUGUGCCCCAAGAAGACUACUCUGCUCCUCCCGUCCCCUCAGCGACUCGACCGCCGCCCCCUCCGGUCCCCGCUGGAGCUCGAUCGCCUCCACCGCCUCCGCCAGCCGCCGCUGCUAUCAGCACGGCUACGGAGGGAUCAGAAUCUGACGAUGAACUGUCCAAUGGCGCCCGCGAGGGCGAUGAGUCGGUGGCAUCUGUGUUGAGAUCUCCGAUCCAACCACCCGCUCAAUCGUUCGAGGCGUCGCUUCCUCCGCAAUCGCCACCCCGGCCUGGUGCGUUCUCGCCCACAUCUCCAAACAGCAAGCGUGCCAGCAGACCCCCGCCGCCUGUGCCGGGCGCCGCGUCUACGCUUGCUGCAGUUAUGUCUCGCCCGCCGCCGCCUCCGCCACCUAGUGCACCAAGCCGACGAUCUACGGCGGAGUUUGGAGUGGCCUCGCCAACUAGGCCUCCUCAGGCAGGAGAGCAAAUUGGAGAGGCAACAGAGUAUGAGGGUGACUACGAUACGGACAUUGCCUCGUCAGUGCCUUACAAGGAUGCCUUGGCGGCGAAUGAUCAGGAGUCCAGCCUGGAAGAGAGCAGCCUUCAGUCGCCCUUCACCGAUGUGCCGCCAGACGCGCCCCCUCCAGUUCCGGCUGCUUCGACGCCGAGAGCGCCUCCUCCGCCUGUGCCACAGUCUCCGCCUCUCCCGAGGCGAUCCAACGAUCUGUCGCGCUCCGAAAGCCACGAUGCUCUCUUCAUCUCCAAUGCGACUGCGCCUAAGCCACAGGAUGCCGCUGAAUCUCCGAUUGUAGAUGAGCCGACUGCUCUCUCCUUUGAAGAGUCUAGAGCCGUUUCGCCGCCUGAUCGGAGGGUCCCGCCUCCGGUAGGAGCGCGCCCGCGAACCUCUGCCGACAUGCCCAGACCCAGUCUGAGCGCUCCCAGGAGAUCGAUCGAUCACCACCGCCCGUCAAUGGACUCUGGCUUCAUCGCCGGAGACAUUGAUUUGGCGGUGCAAAGCGGUUGGUGGAAGCAGUCAAACCAAGUCCCCCCCGUCCUCCAGGGCAGAAAGGACAUCUACUUUGAGUGCGACGAGUCAACGACAACGAAUCAAGGCGAGAAGACGAUUAUUAGCCGAGAGACAUUCAUCCUCUUCCAAGACUAUUCGCAGACCAUUAUCACGGCCCGCUACGACCCCUACGACCCGUCAAAUGUUGAGCUAGAGCAGCGGCACGAGGGUCCUCCCAAGGCUAUGCGACAGGACCAGAUGGAGGAGGCCUACGACACCUUUGGACGACGCAUCAUCGCCGCAGCUAGUGCUAAGAAGGAUCAAGUCGUCGGAGACGGUACCGCGGCGAGCUUUGUUCUAGAAAUGAUUCGACCGCUAGAGGAUGCCCUGCUGCCUAUUAGCACUAGAUCGUACGGUGCCCUCGUCUACGCCAACAUGGCCAAUGCUUCUACCCAGCAGCACGACGUCAUUCGCCCCGGCGACAUCAUCACCAUUCGUAAUGCCAAGUUUCAAGGAAAGCACGGGCCAAUGCACGCCAAAUACACCAGCGAGGUUGGCAAGCCAGACCAUGUCGGCAUCGUGGCCGAGUGGGACGGCACCAAGAAGAAGGUGAGGGCUUGGGAGCAAGGCAGAGACGGCAAGAAGGUGAAACAAGAGAGCUACAAGCUGGACGACCUGCGGAGCGGCGAGGUCAAGAUCUGGCGCGUGGUCUCUCGCAGCUGGGUCGGCUGGCAGAAGAAGCUCUCCUAG